AGUCCUAUUAGUUGUGCUUCGCAUGAUCUAUAUUUCCUUGCUUCAUUAAGAGGCCAUGAUUGUAUAUGACAAAAGCUAAACAAUCAACUUCCUUGAGGACCACAACAACAUACAUAUUCGUCCAUUUCCUUGCAUCUCUCGUACAAAUCAAUUGGACCUCUUGAUCAAUGUAAUGUCAACAAAAUAGAAAGCCUACGUUCAGUUAAGGAUAGGCUUCACAAAUAAUGUGAUAAAAUAUUGAACCUAGUCGACUUUAAACUCUCCUACAAAAGAUCUAGAAUCAAUACGCCACAGAUCCAUUAGAGCAAAGAUGAACUAAAAACUAGAAAUGAUUCACAUAAAAAAUGUAGACGUCUGUUACAAAAGCACAAAAGAAAACGUUUCUAAACAGCAUUCACUGGCCAUGUCACAAAACUUAACUUUUUAGACAAAGUAGUGUCAAGAGAUGUAGAUCGCUAACAAUUUGGAUUGAGAUGGAUGUCAUAGUAGCAGUGACUAUAGUACUUAUAUACACAGUCCCAUGUCUGUGCUUGUCUGAGUUUAAGUUGCUGACAGACCUUUCUAAAACUAUACAGCCCCUGAAUAUAACAUUCAUCUGUCCGUCGUCUCUCAAGUGUGGCUUGCUCUGUGUACAAGACAAGUCUCGAUGUCUGGCAUUUAUCUAUGAUUCUGUCAAGUCAAGCUGUAGUCUAGGUGCUGGUGUAAUCUCCACUAGCAGCAACAGAACGUCGACUCAACAGGUGUAUUGGAUAGAGCAGACGACAUUGAGCACCCCCAGGUCUUGCCCCUCUGGUUAUGACCUGGUCACUACUGCAAGUACCAGCUCGUGUGUAUUGGUGAUCACAGAAACAAUGACGUUUGAAGCUGCAAGGAAGAAAUGCGUCGACAAGGGAGGUCACCAGUAUACGAUGAAGUCGAAAGAAAAGAUGCAAUUCCUAGAGACACUCCACGGGGAGUAUUGGGUUGGACUGAAAGCAGUUGAUUUACUCGGCAACUAUGCCUGGACUGAUGACAAUUCACCUUUACAAAGUGGAUUGCUCAACUUGCUUCAACAAGUUGGAUGUCUGAAUGCAACAAAGUUUAUAGUACUCACUGACCUAAACAAGUCUCUACUAAUACUUAACAAAACAUACACUUCUCCUACGCAGACAAACUGUGCCAUGAGAUGUGCAUCCCACGGAACUCAGUGUCGGGCCUUCAUUUAUUUUCGUUUCAAUUCAACCUGUGUACUAGGUUCUGGUUUUGUUGUCACUGACCCUCCUAGAGCUGAUGUUCCACAACUGUUCUGGGUGCCUCGUAUCGAAUGCCCUAGAGGCUUCACGCCGAUUGAACUAGAGAGUGAAAGCUUGUGUAUCAAGCAGAGUAAUGAGGAUUUUAACUUUCGUGAGGCCCAAUCCUACUGUGUAGCUCGUGACAGUCAACUUUACACUACAAAGUCACUGGAUAAGUUGAACUACCUACCUAACUUUGCUGCCAACGUUUGGGUGGGUCUGUAUGAUUCGGAUUCCAAUUGUGAGUUCCAGUGGUCUGACGACAACCAAGAGCUAGCCAAUGAUCUGCUGCCCAUACUAGCCACUGAUUACAACACUAGCAACCAGUGUGUCUAUUUCGCUUCACCUUCUCAAGCACUUGUCGCUACCACCUGCUCCGAUACUUUUUCAGUUGUUUGUGAGAUUUGAACCCUAGUGCUACUUUUUUUUUACAAUUUAAAAAAAAGGUAUACUUGAACAGAGGAUUCUCAUACUUUGAUAAAUAUUU